CGCCUCUCUCAGCUCGAGGGCGGAUUCGUGCAGUGCGGCAGCACGCAAGCUCGCACGCCUUGAAUUUCGCACUUUUUGCCCUUAUCCUUCGUCUCACCUCGCGCUCGGCAGUGUUCUCUUCAGCUUCUGCCUCCUCUCCUCACGUUGCUCUCCCCUUCACUGCACCCGUUGGGAGGUUUGUCUGGCGUAGCCACGUGCUGUUCCUGCUCUAGUUCUCUUUCACGUGGACCCGGCGCAUGUGACACUACCACCUCACCUUUUAACGUUGAGCAGCCUGUGAAUCCAAACCUUCCCUCUUACAUCCCCCUCUCCCCAAGAACGACACUCCCGAGGCACAGCGUGGUCUUACAUCAGCGCCGCUCACAUUCUUCCUGUCCUUACCGACACGACACGGUAACAGAAUGUCUAAACUUUUCAUUGGUGGCCUGGCAUGGCACACAGAUGACCAGACCUUGCGUCAAAAGUUCGAGGAGUUCGGUCAGGUUGACGAAGCCAUCGUGGUGAAGGAUCGUGACACCGGCCGCAGCCGCGGUUUCGGCUUUGUGCGUUUCGCAGAAGACUCCGCUGCCGAUUCCGCCAUCGCCGCGAUGAACAAUGUCGAGUUCGAUGGACGUACCAUUCGCGUUGACAAGGCAUCCGAGCGCGGCGCGGGCGGUGGAGGUGGUGGACGUGGCGGCUACGGUGGCGGCGGCGGUGGAUACCAGCAGGGUGGCGGCUACGGCGGCGGCGGUGGCGGAUACCGCGGAGGCUACGGCGGCGGUCAAGGCGGCGGCCAAGGAGGCUACCAACAGGGCGGAUACUCUCAGGGCGGAGGCGGCGGCGGCAACUGGCGCCAGGGUGGUGGUGGAGGUGGAGGCUUUGGCGGUGGCCAGGGUGGUGGGUAUGGCCAGCAACAAGGUUCGUCUGCCUAACCCCCCUCCCACCUGAGGAUGCCUUGCUCACUCCCACUUCUAGGCGGCUACUCGCAGGGACCUAACGGCGGCGGCUACGGCCAGCAGCAACCGGGUGGAGGCCAAGGCUACUAGAGCACCACUGCUCGCGGGUCACACACAAGAGCUCGAGGCGUGACUCGGGGCCCAAGGGUCAGAUAGGACAAGACGUGGAGGAAAUGGGACAGACUGAGACAUGUUAAUUGCGACCACAAGAAAGGACGUGCGAUUUUUGGGGAGACCUCUCUUCGGAGCAACAGGGCCACGAGUGUGCUCAUGAUACCCAACUAUUAUAACUCUCUGAAAUGUGACAUGAAUUCUUGCUUUUCGAGAUUGUUGAAAACGGCCCAUGCUUUGCUUGUGUAUGCCAUCGCGUUUCAGCCUUGAUGUUGCCUUAUAGAGUGUACGUUGAGAUGGUUG